AUGAAAGUCCUCUGUGUUGCCGAGAAGAAUUCCAUCGCGAAAGCAGUCUCGAACAUAUUAAGUGGUGGGCAGCUAGCAACCAAAAAUACCAAUUUUCCGUAUGUUAAGAAUUAUGAAUUUACCUAUAAUGGCUUUAAUUUUGUAGGAUCAAAUGCUAGUUGUGAGGUGGUUAUGACCAGUGUAGCUGGUCAUUUAACAGGAGUUGAUUUUGAUAAUCAGCAAUACGGAUGGGGGAAAUGUAACCCCUCUGAAUUAUUCGAUGCUAACCUGAGUAACACAAAGAACAAAGAUCAAGAAAAGAUUGCUCAAAAUAUAAGAAAUUCUGCAAGAAAUGUUGAUUAUUUAAUGAUUUGGACAGAUUGUGAUCGUGAAGGUGAGUAUAUUGGAUGGGAAAUCUUCGAGGAGGCCAAGAAGUUCAAUAACAGACUAAAUGAUAACACAUUAUAUAGAGCUAUCUUUUCGCAUUUGGAAAGAAACCAUAUCAUUGGAGCUGCAAGAAAUCCCCAAAGACUGGAUAAACGUGCCGUUGAUGCGGUUGGAACAAGAAUCGAGUUGGAUUUACGGACAGGUGUCUCGUUUACAAGGCUUUUAACUGAUACCAUGGCAAGAAAAGUACAGGCAUCCCAACAGCAAUCCAUGCUACCUCCAACUAAUAACCACACAAGUAAAAAGGAAAAUGUCGUGAUUUCAUAUGGCCCUUGCCAGUUCCCCACGUUAGGGUUUGUAGUAGAUAGAUUUGAAAGAAUACGAAAUUUCAAGAAAGAGGAAUUUUGGAGCAUUCAACUAGUUGUAUCAGAACAGGAUCAAGGAGUACAAUCUGAUAAGGUUACCAUUUUCCAAUGGGAUAGAGGCCAUUUAUUUGAUAGGCUUGCAGUGCUUACAUUUUACGAAUUAUGUCUAGAAUUAGCAGGAAACAAAGCAAAAGUCGUCGAUGUUAAAUCGAAACAAGUUACAAAAUGGAGACCAUUACCUCUAACAACAGUUGAGUUACAAAAAAACUGUUCCAGAUACUUAAAAAUGAAUGCUAGAGAUUCGUUAGCGGCAGCUGAGAAACUUUAUCAGAAGGGGUUUAUAUCAUAUCCUAGAACUGAAACAGAUACAUUCCCAGCAGCUAUGAAUUUAAAAUCAUUAGUUGAAAAACAAGCCCAAGAAAACAGUUCGGCUUGGUCUGCAUAUGCGAGAAAUUUGUUGGAUACCAACAACUCUGACAAUAACCACAACAAAUUCAAGUUCCCACGGAGUGGUUCGCAUGAUGAUAAAGCACAUCCACCUAUCCACCCAAUUAUAGGGAUAGGGAGAGAUGCAUCAAUUACAGUGAACGAACGAAGAGUCUACGAAUAUGUAGUGCGCCAUUUCUUGGCUUGUUGUUCUGAAGACGGUAAAGGACAGAUGACAUCAAUUAGUUUAAAUUGGAAUGACGAAAUAUUUAAUGCAAACGGGCUAGUAGUUCUCGAGAGAAAUUGGCUUGACGUAUACCCAUGGAUGAAAUGGGAAAAUUCGAAGACAAUGCCUAGGCUGGAGAUGAAUCAAGAAGUUACUAUUAGUAAAGCAGAAAUGAAAAACGGGUACACUUCGCCUCCCAAACCGAUGACCGAAAGUGAACUUAUUAUGUUAAUGGAUGCAAACGGUAUUGGUACUGACGCUACCAUCGCUGAGCAUAUCGAGAAAAUUAAAUCAAGAAAAUACAUCACAAGUGAUAAAGUUGGUAAGGAAUCAUAUUUGAACCCAACUAUCCUCGGUGUAGCUCUUGUCCAUGGCUUUGAAACUAUUGGCCUCGAAGACUCGUUUGCUAAGCCGUUUCAGAGAAGAGAAAUGGAAGAUGAUCUGAAGAAAAUAUGCGGGGGAACAUUAACUAGAAGAGAUGUUGUAGCUGAUAUUAUUAAUAAGUACAAAGAUUAUUAUAAUCGUACGAAUCAGAACAAAAAUAGAUUAUUACAGGUAUAUGACGAAGUCAAAAUAUCACUUUCAUAG